AUGAAUGGAAACGACUGUUCGAACGCGAUUGCACAUUACGCGAUUCACGUUUACCCACCCGCCAUGGUCUUGAACACAGCAAUCGCAGAAAUGGAGCAACAGAAGGAAGAGAGAUUGGACGUUAUCAUUUUCGGUGCAAGCGGUUUUACUGGCAAAUAUACCAUCUUCGAAGGCAUCAAGUUGCUGGAAGGACUUCGAUGGGGAGUUGCGGGUCGCAGCCGGGAGAAGCUCCGGCAGACGAUCGCUGAAAUUGAGAAGAAGGCUGACAAAGACCUGUCCGAGGUGCCAAUAAUUACGGCUGACCUGAAAGAUAAUGCAUCGUUAAAGCAGAUGGCCGAACGGUGCAAAGUCGUGAUCAAUUGCUGCGGUCCAUACCGGUUCUAUGGUGAACCGGUGGUGAAAGCAUGCAUCGAAGCCGGCACGCAUCAUGUGGACGUAAGUGGCGAACCACAGUACAUGGAACGGAUGCAGCUUGAGUAUCAUCAGCAGGCCCAGGAACGGGGCGUUUACGUCGUGUCAGCCUGUGGGUUUGAUUCGAUACCGGCCGAUCUCGGAACCGUUUUCCUCGAACGUGAGUUUGACGGUGUUGUCAACUCGGUCGAAACCUAUCUGCAGGUAACGUCGAAGAUUCCGCACGACGGUGGUGCGGUACUGCACUACGGCACUUGGGAAUCGGCGAUUUAUGGUUUGGCCCACGCCAAUGAGCUGAGACCGUUGCGCACGAAGCUGUACAAAACACGAUUGCCGAACUUUCAACCACGUCUAAAGGAUCGUAUGGUGGUGCAUAAAGCAAGUUUCUUGAACGGUUGGUGGGCGGUACCGUUCCCUGGUUCCGACCGUUCGGUGGUGAUGCGUUCCCAGCGCCACUUCUACGAUGCGGAAAAGAAACGUCCGAUCCAGAUGAAAGCUUAUGUUGCAUUCGAAUCGAUGAUACAAGUGCUGGGAGUGGCAUUUGUUGCUGUUGUGUUCGCGAUCAUGUGCCGUUUUAAAUUUGGUCGUCAAAUGCUACUGAAGUUCCCAAAAUUAUUCACGCUCGGCUACGCAUCUCACGAGGGCCCAUCGGAAAAGUCAAUGGAAAAUGCCCAGUUUGCCAUCUACUUCCGAGGCGAAGGUUGGGAUAAGGAUGAGAAGCUGCUCGAACCAACCGAUCAGUUCAAAAGCCCCCCAACAAAGAAGAUUGUCACGAAAGUGUCCGGUACCAAUCCGGGGUAUGGAGCAACCUGCGUUGCAUUGAUUUUAUCGGCUCUUACUAUUUUGCGGGAAAGUGAUAAAAUGCCCGGAGCAGGUGGCGUAUAUCCGCCCGGUGCAGCAUACGCUAAAACGAGUUUAAUCGAACAACUAAGCAAGAACGGCUUCAAGUUCGAGGUUAUUAAACCUACGAAAUAA